UUGCCCCUGUGAACACACACCCCUCCUUUACUGUGCGCCCAAGUUUACCAGGGCCAUGAAAACACACGGUGACUGCUCCUAUUCUUAUCUGCAUCACUGAUUCUGCAUUGAUGGUGUACAUUGAGUGUUUUUUUUUUCAUACACCAUUUGUCCAAUGCGCACCAUGCCUCCGAGCUGCAUUGCUUCUCGUCAUGCGGAUACGGGUGGAAGCUAUUCGUUUUGAGCAGUUGCAGCCAGACUAAAAAUGGAAAAAAAGUAAGUUGGCAAGAAUCUAGCCGGUGGCCCCUUACGACCAGUGGCUGUCGCAUCCCGUCACAUUGCUCAUUCCCCCCUGUGUCAGAACACUAGGAGGAGCUGCAAAUGGUCCUUUCAAAACACACGACAGCUGGAACACAGGGCAAAGGUGACAGGGGCAGUUGGGAGGGCGCAAAAAAGGGGGCAUGAGGCGGAGGAGAAGAAACAGGGGAGCGCACAAAAUGAGCAGCUGCAACCUCAACUGUUUCUCCCCUGUGCUGCCAUCUUUUGCUUUUACCAUCACCCGACAGACUCUGGAAAAUAUUUUAUUUACUCAGGAGGUUAAGCAGAUUUGAGACUUUUCUCCCUCCACAUAAAUCAUCACUUGUGUCUUAAGACUGUUUGGGUUAUCACAGCCAGGAAAAACAAAGCCAAUGGGUGGUUGGGUGCCAGGGAAUUUCUCAACUGGAAGCAGGAUUAGAGAAAACGGCCCUUUAAAGUUCCCAAAAGCUCUGACAGUCCAAAUUACAAUGCAUGAUUUAUCAUUCUUUUCAAGCAACAAACUCUUUGUGAGCAUAAAGUUUGUCUUUCAUCCUCCGAUGAUCUCAAAGCCACAAACAAAUCUUUAUCACAGAGAGUUGGUAAAUGUAACACUUUAAUAGAAAUCUACGAUUUGCAUAAAACUAAAAAGGAAAUAGGGACCGUUUCGAAGUUACGUGAAAGUAAAUCUUUGUUUAAAAUAAAAUAAAAAACAACUACUAUAAUAAUGCAUUCUAUAAUAAAAGAUAUAAUACAAAGAUCUGUAAAAAAUUGAAACAAACAGCGUGUUAAAAUAAAAAUCCUUAUUCAUUCAAAUUUGAAAAAUUGCACACUAAGAGUGGGGAUAAAAGAACUGAUGACAGUCCAUCCAAUUUCCAUGCUGAAUGAAAUGUUUUGGGUCGAGUUCACAUCACAGAUUCUAACUGUAUACAUCUAGCAAAUUUGACAUGUUUUUUUUUUAACAUGGCAUGCGUGAUAAAUAAUGAGGAAUGUGGAAUUUAUAUUGCCUUAUGAUUUCAUCAAUGUGUAACCAAAUUCAACAAAUACAAGAUGUGUUUGGUCGUCAGCUUGAGAUCCGUUUCCAUUGACAGCAACAGAGAUGUUAACAGCUGUGUCACAUAUUAUUUAUUUUGCUUGCCUAACUGGCCGGCAGUCCAUUAGCGAAACAGUCUGUGAGAACCACUCAGUAUAAUGCAGUGCAUUUCUAAACCGCUAUGAACUACAACUACAAAAAGCAUUAAAUCAACGUCGACCAAUCAAAAGUGGAAAAAAUGUUCACAUCAGUAUUAAAUUUUCUACAGUGAUUGUUCUCAUAAGGGUCAUCAUGUGUGAGCUGGGAUUCAUUUAUGAUCAUUUAACAAAAGUGCAAAAAUUGUGACUGACAGCACCCUGAGUAUUUGUUUAAAAUAAAUGAAGGUGCAAAAAAUACAGGUUCAAUGUUGACUGUUAAGUGUGACAGUGAUACUGCUACAUUUUUAUGUAUUUAUUUUAAGCUCUUCAAAAUAAGAACAAAUAUUAAAUGGAUUAAAAAUAAAAUGCAAUAAAAUAAUACUAUCCAGAGGAAAAAUACCAUUAAGAUUCAAAUAUAUCGGUACAAACAACUAUAAACAAGUAGUAACAGGUGAGUAUAGCCCUCUGAGCAUUAUACAGUAUUGCAUCAGAAAGGAAAAAAUAUACCUUAGUCAUGCAAUAAAUUACAAGUCAUCACACCACCUAAAUUGAGUAAGCAUUCACAUUUUGGUUUGGUCUGUGCCUCUGUUGAGCCCCGACCCUCUACUUCCAACUGUAGCGGGAGGGUUGCACACAGAGCAGACAGGUGUUUCCAGCAGCAACUGAUGUUGCCGCCGGCGUCCUCUGCUACUUGCUGCCGCUGUGCGAGUUCUCGCAGUAGUACACAAGUUUCUGGUGGUGGGCCGGGCGCUAUCGCGAGAUUUGGCGGCCACACGAUCAACCUGUUCGUUGACACUCACCAACAGCAGCCAGCCAGCCAGCAGCCGAGCGAGACAAGCGAGCGCAGCCUGCCUCGCGGGGCACUGGACCGAAAGCUCGAAGAACCGACGAGAGGGAAUCCAACAUCUGGCAGCACAUCAUGAUUAUACAACGUCGAGGUGUCUAAGUGGGGAGAAAGCUCAUCAUCGCAUCACGGAAAAGGCGGAAAUAAAUUCCCGCUUGCUUGUUCUGUAAACACGACUGCGUUUGUGUGCGCUUUUUUUUCCCUCCAACGUACGAAUCUUUGUGGAAGCUGAAGGAGGUGGAUUGAAACUGGAUCAUUUAGGAGAAUGGGUUAUGAGGGAAGAAUGGAGUUCCCAGACCAUAGCCGCCAGUUGCUGCAGUGUUUGAGUCAGCAGCGUCACCAAGGUUUCCUGUGUGACUGCACCGUUCUGGUCGGGGAGGCUCGCUUCAAGGCGCACAGAGCCGUGCUGGCUUCCUGCAGCAUGUACUUCCAUCUCUUCUACAGGGACCAGCUAGACAAAAGGGAUGUUGUGCAUCUCAACAGUGACAUUGUGACAGCGCCGGCCUUCGGUCUGCUGCUUGAAUUUAUGUAUGAGGGCAAGCUGGAAUUCAGCACUCUUCCAGUGGAGGACGUGCUGGCCGCAGCCAGCUACCUCCACAUGUACGACAUCGUCAAAGUGUGUAAAGGCAAGCUGAAAGACAAGGAGCUCUCCUCGCUCGACGAAAAGAUGGGUGAGGCUUUUGGACUCAGCUGUCUGGAGCGGGACAAUUCCUCGGACGGCGAGCCGCGCGCUGACAAGCAGCUCGGAAGACGGCGGUCCCGGGGGCUCCCGGGGCCCCCCUCCCCGACGGAACAGUCUGACACGGACAACAGCGAAGCGGGGCUCGCCGUCAGCGACUGCGAAAGGUCUGGGCGGAACAGGCAGAAGGCAAACGGUCACUCCGGCAGGUCCCCGAACCUUGUAGGUGUCAAUUAUGUGUCAGCGGAGGGCGAGCCUUGCGUCCAAACAGCUGGAAAAACAAAAGCCGAUGUCAGUAGUUCCACCGUAUCGCUGUCCCAGAGGUCCCGGGCUUCGGAUGACAUGGACUGCGCUCUGGAUUUGUCUUUCAAGCCUCUGUCUAGCAGAGAUCCCUUACAGGCCUCCUACAUCUCGGGACAGCUGGCCCUCGACAGCCAACAGCAGGGCACUGAGCCACUUGUUAAAGAUGAACACGACUUGCUGUCAGAGCAGGAGGACAGUGAGCCCGUGAGCCCUGAGAGCCAGCGCUUUGGGAAUAGCGCCAGGAGCUCAGUGGUGACAGGGUUCGCUGCCCUCUUCCCAGGCAACAACGGUCCCACCGCCGCCCUCCUCUCCCAGGAGGAAGACCUGAUGGACGAGGAGGGGGAGGCCUGCGGCGGGAGGGAGGGCGCCCCCGGCAGGGAGGCGGCGGCGCAGCGGAGGAGGGGGAGGCUGCCGGGGGACAGCGAGGAGGAGGAGGAAGACGACUUGGCUUCUUCGGACAUCUCCACCUCCAGCGGGGUGCUCUUGCCCGCGGGGCAACAGGCGUGCGUGUGCCCCCUCUGCAGCAAAAUCUUCCCCAGCCCGCACGUCCUGCAGCUGCACCUCAGCUCGCACUUCCGCGAGAAGGACGGCGCUCGCUCCAAGUUGUCCCCCGACGGCUCGGUGCCCACCUGCAUGCAGUGCAACAAGACCUUCUCCUGCAUGUACACCCUCAAGCGCCACGAGCGCACACACUCCGGCGAGAAGCCGUACACCUGCGGCCAGUGCGGCAAGAGCUUCCAGUACUCGCACAACUUGAGUCGACACGCCGUGGUCCACACGCGGGAGAAGCCGCACGCGUGCAAAUGGUGCGAGCGACGCUUCACCCAAUCCGGGGACCUGUAUCGCCACAUCAGGAAGUUUCACUGUGGCCUUGUGAAAACGCUCGCCGUAGGAUAAAGCGAGCGCUCAACUUGUGCCAACACGGCCCCGCCCCGUGUCUUUUCACACCUUAGUAUUCACACACCGGCAGUUUGGAUUCUACCCCUGGGGGCGUUUCUCUUGAUGUAGCAACUGGAAGCAAAACUGGCGAACGGCAUCGGUGUGGAAGUUGAACAAAGUCGACGAUGCGCUCGUUUGUUUGCGUCGUCUUUCUCUCCGUGGGUCGACUUUAUUUGAGGAGCUGAAAGGCAUCGCCAAGGCAGAACGCAGGCUGCUAACAUUUGUUCAUACAAUCGACUUUAUUUGUGCACAUGGGAGAUCAGAACCGUCCGUUUUCCUACUGUCAUAUUAUUAUUUAUUUGGGUAUUUGUAACAAGUUAAAAAUUUCGAGGCAGCAAAACUAAUGAAGUUUAGACUACUGGAAUAUAUAUAUAUAUAUUUUUUUUUUCAGGGAAGUUUUUCUUGAAAGGUCAAGGUUAAAGGAGACAAACCCAUUAUGUCCACUUGUGUAUUUUCCCUUGGAAUCACCUGUCGUUUUUUUUUUGUUUGUUUGUUUGUUUUGUUUUCAGCAUGAAUGUGAACUAUUUGAAGAAAUGGCCUCCUUGCUACUUAAAAGUGUCCAUUCAAAGGAAGGACACAAAGCUCGAGUUCAUGCCUACAACACUUGUGCCUCGUUACACUUGACUUUAGUGUACUUCUUGAAGAGUGAUCGAUCAGCAGGCCUUUUGUCAAAUCCACUCACACAUACCGGAGGAUUAACAAAGGUAAUAGGCAGCGCUGGAAUGCUAAUUGAUCCACGAGGGCCCUGAUAAGUGCGUGGCCCAACUAUGUAAAUGAAGCUCUUAUGAAGUUAUUGAUUGUAGAAGAAGACAAACAGCCGACGAGCGUUAUAUUUCCUGGUAUGGCUGCAGGAUGAACAAACCAGUAGUUGGUCACCGUUGGACAGGUGGAUAAUCACAGCCGUGACGUUCUGCUAAAGCUACGGACUUUCUUUUUUAAUCAACAAUUUCAUGCUCACCAUAGUUUCUUACUGUUAUGUGUUACUACUGACCUUGAUGCCUUUAGCGACCCCCCCUCCCCCCCCAAAAAAUGUCUGUGGGCAGGAAGGAGUUCCACUCGUUGCUAAAUAGUUGCUUUUUUUUGUGUGUGUCUAAUCUGUCCUGAGAAGACUUGAUCUGAAAUUUAUUUAUUAGUUUGGUUCAGGUUUUUUUGGGGGGGGGUAAGUGGUUUUCGAUUAGCUCGACAGUUGGUACUAUUAACUGGUAUUGGGGCUCUCUUUUGUUUUCUCUUUGUGCAAAUCAAGUUACUGUAAUUGUGCUUUCAUUGAAAAAUAUCAGUCACGUGGAACCUAGAGAAGCACUUGUUUUUAGCAUGCACAUACAGUAGUCUCAACACUAUUUCCUAGGCUGCUAUCACCAUUUGUAUAUUUAAUGUAAAUAUAUAUUCUAUUUAUGUGUUUUUAUCACACCCGCGGGGUGGCGGGAGUCAGGUGUCUUUUUAAGGCUGCAGUGUCUUCCCAGGGGGAGGUGGGGGUGGGGGUGCUCCAGAGUUAAACAGACUGCGAAUCAGAAUCAGGAUUUUCAUUCAGCUCUGCUGUUCUGCCACAGGAAAUAGUUUUUCCACGAGCGCAGCCGUAGCGAGUCGUCAUUGGCUACCUAUAGAAAUGGGACAAUACUCGCAUUGUCCCCCCCUCCCCACCUUCCACACACAAGUCCCAGGUAGUUCUCAAGGGAUCAUUGUGUAUCUCCGUUCGAGCUGCGGGGCGGGGUUAGGCGAGUGCACGUUUCUCUUGCCGCUUUGGUGUAUUGAAUGGAGGCAUUGGAAUGUGAGAAAUGUAUUUAGGCGAAGGGAAACCAAGGAGACUGUAAACAGGUGUAUUGUUUGGAGGCAUCAAAGUCCUACCCACCCCCCACCCCAACCCUCCCUCCACGCAGCAUGCAGUCAGAUAAAUGCAUCAUUGUUCUACUGAGAGGAGGGACCGUUGCGAUUCGAUUGCACACCUAUAAAGAGAUUAUGAGUUCUCAUUGUGUCCCGCGUCCCCCGAUGAACACGGAGAAUACUGGCAGCAAGAGUUUUACUCGAGCAUCAUUGAUAACGGCCCAUCUUAAAUGCUGCUCAGUUGAACCAGUUUAGUGAGCACCCUUAUUCCGUGUAAAGUGGAGCCUCGAGCUACGAACUUAAUUGGUUCUGUCAUCACGUUUGUUGCAUGAAACGUUCAUAAAUCAAGGUAAUGUUUCCCAUUGAAAUAAAGUGAAAUGGGAUUAAUCCGUUCCUGCCCCCAACUAAGUUAUACUUACCUCCUUUUUAAACCAAUCUGUGGUUAAAAAGAAAUAUAAUGCAAUAUAGAAAUAAGUGAAAAUAUACUCAUCAAUUAUCAAGAAAUGAACUCAUGAUCUUGAAGAAGUGGAGGAGGUCUACAGCUUCUCCGUUCAAAAAGCGUCUUCUUCCAUAAUAACAUGGGGAAACAUGUUUUUCUCUUUUUCUUUCCUAAUGCAUUGGUUGGUUUAGUGACAAGACCAAUCACAGGUAAACCAGUUUUUCUUUCCAGUUAAAAAAAAUGUCAAGUGGCAAGUCACAUAUUUCAAAGAUAAAUUCGGUAUAUAUUAUUAUUAUAUUUAUUAUAUAUUAUUUCAUUUGGUUAUUUUCAUAAUUUGUUGAUUGCCACAAUCACACUAUCACCAGUGAGUGCUUUCUCGUUUAUCAAGAGCUAAACAACAACAAAAAGGUACAUACCGGUGCCACUGCCUAACCUUGCCUUGCGUGAUGCACAGAGCCUGCUGACACGAGAUGAGAAAAAAGUUUUUGCCUUACGUUGCGGAGAGAUACAGCGAGUUUUCAGUUGACAGCAGUGCCUUAUGCACAUUUUUAAUCAUGUUAACACACUGCGAGACAAAGCAUGACGUACAUAGUCUAUCGUCAAUACCUUUUAUUGUGGGCAUAACCCGAAUUGUUUGUAAAAAGGGAUGUUCGUAACUCAAGGUUCCACUUUGCAUACUUCUUGUGUCGUGUCAAUUUCAUGUACGGGCAAGAAAACGUGGCAAGCUUGGUCAGACGUUUCUUCAUUCUUGAAUGUACAUGUAUACAGGCCGGAAAAAAAAAAACAAGAACACAGUGCGUUUCUUUUGUCGCAGUUAUUUAAAGCUCCAGGAUGGUCACCGAGCGUGCCUUGUUGACACACAAAUAGGUGUUACAUCUGAAGGAGCCUCUUUUUGUACUUUGUGCACUCGCUAGUGUUCACGUAACAACACCCCACUGAAGCAUAACAACUACUGAUUUCUUUUCAUAACACUUGUAAAAUUGAUUUCCUUUUUUUUUUUUAUUUUGGGCUGCUUUUGUUUGAGGUUCCGGGGAUGUCAUUUCAUUGUGUGAAUAAAUUUUUUGGAGGUGUUAAACUGAGGACAAGCAUUUGUGUGAGUGCGCGCACGAGUGCGUGUGCUUUGGGUUCCAGUAGUUCCUCGAGUCAUGUCACUGAUGAAUGUGAAUGAACUGCCGAGAUUCUCAUUGUUGUCUUUUUCAUGGACUCAAAAGGCUAUGCUUGCCGAAACUCAUGCUGUAUGAUUUUGAAGUCGCAAAACGACCGUUAUCCAACAGGGGAUUUGUUGUGCUCUGUUGCGGGUUCCAACUGUGAAAUUGUGUACCAUCGCCAGAAAAUAUUUAUUAUCAUUGCAUUUGUUUCUCUUGCAGCUUCUAACUUUUAAUUUGGUUUCAUCAGCUAAACAUCGAGCCAACACCUUUUUAAUUGAAACUGUAGAAAGUGCCAUUAGAAUUUAAUAUAAUUUUUUUCCCUCUAAAUAAGAACAAUAUAUUUUAUAGUAAUUGCUUCAGUGUUAGAGGUGUAUAGAUUAGAGGACAAUCUUUGAUUAGAUACUGAGGCAAUUUACUGUGCAUAUUACUUGUUUGCGCCUUUGUGUGUGUGUGUGUGUGAGAGUGUGUGUGCGUGUUUGUGGAGGUGUGUGUGCUGUGGAAAUGUGACAAUCUGGAUUUAGGUCUUUAUAAGACUAUGCAUAGAAUUAAAUGGAACAACUUUGUCGGUGUGAAUUUUAUUGAUUUCUCUCUCAAUGUUUUUGCACUUUUUUUGUCUUGUGUAAAAAGCUUGAAAAUAAGCGAGAUGAUUCAACUCUUAAAGUAGUAAUAAAUGAGCACUGAUAAAGAGUCACUUUCAGAAU